UUGGCACGCGUUAGGCUAGUUCUGCUAAAGCUAGGCUUGAGUUGGCACUUGGCGCGCCAAACAAGGGCGAACUCUGGUCUCCCGCUGCUUGCCAUUCUAUAUUACGAAGAUAUACGUAAUCCUAUCAACCAACCUUUCCAGGAACAACGCUAGACCGACGUAGCUCGAUCUUUGGCAUUUGAGUUUGCGGCCCUCGCGCCUCCUCGGCAGCCAUGGCCGAAGGCGUGCAGGCGUUCGGAGAGAUCUGGCUUGGUGGCCGCGGUGGAGUGGCUUCGGGAGUCCUGAAGCUUGCUCCUACCGGGCUGACAUGGCGUCGGAAGCAGGGCAGCAAGCUGGUUGAGGUGAAGAAGGACGAAAUUGAAGCCUUGUCCUGGACUAAAGUCCCGCGGGGCUGCCAGCUGAGCGUUCGGCGAAAGGGCGGCCCCACCGUGAACUUCCUGGGGUUCAGGGACAAGGAUCUGGACACGCUGCAGCAGUACUCCCGAACCACGCUGGCGCUGCCUGAGGGCGUGAGCGAGGGCGCGCUGUCCACCAGCGGCCACAACUGGGGCGGCGUGCAGCUGCGCGGCGCCAGCCUGGCCUUCCUGGUGGGCGGCAAGGUGGCGUUCGAGCUGCCGCUACCGGACGUGUGCACGGCGCAGCAGACCAAGGACGACGUGAUGCUUGAGCUGCACGUGGACGACACGGGCGGCGAGGUGGCGGAGGACAUGCUCACGGAGCUGGCCUUCUACGUGCCGCCCGGCAAUGAGGACUUCCCGGCGCAGGGCGAGGAGGUGCCCCCGGCCAAGGUCAUGCUGGACGCGCUGCUGCCGCACGCGGACACGGAGGCCGCGGCGGCGGACGAGCCGGUGUGUGUGUUCAGCGAGGUGGGCAUUGUGGCGCCCCGCGGCCGCUUCGAAGUGGAGAUGCACCUGGGCUACCUGCAGCUGGGAGGACAGUCCCAAGACUUCAAGGUGCGCUACGCCUCCAUCCAGCGCAUCUUCAUCCUGCCCAAACACAACACGCCGCACACGCUGGUGGUCAUCUCGCUGGACCCGCCCAUCCGCAAGGGCCAGACCUACUAUGCUCACCUGCUGUGUCAAUUCCCCACCGACGACGAUAUCAGCGUGGAGCUGGACAUCACCGAGGAGGCGCUGGCGGCAAAGAACGAGAAGAACGGCGGCAAGCUGUCCGCCGACAUGACCGGCCCGGUGUGGGAGGUGUUUGCCAAGCUGCUGCGCGGCCUGUCGGGCGCGCGGAUCACGCGGCCGGGCCACUUCAAGAACGCGGCCGGCGACGGCGUGUCGGUGCGCUGCUCCUAUAAGGCCGAUGACGGCCAGCUAUAUCCCCUGGAUCGCGGCUUCUUCUACGUGCACAAGCCGCCGCUGCUCAUCCCUGACAACGACAUUGAGAGCGUGGAGUUUGCGCGGCAGGGCAGCGGCGCCGUGUCCAGCACCGUGCGCACGUUUGACCUGGUGGUACGGCUCAAGGGCGGCGCGGAGCACCAGUUCAGGAACAUCCAGCGCAGCGAGUGGGGCAACCUGUUUGAGUUCAUCCGCGCCAAGAAGAUCCCCAUCGAGAACUUCGGCUCGGCGCAGCACGGCCCCGGCGGCGCCAAGCCUGGCAUGGAGGACGACGACAUGGACCCAGGCAUCCGGCGCGCGGCGGCGGAGGCGGACGACGACGAGGACGACGAGGAUGAGGACUUCGAGGCCAGCGGCGGCACUGACAGCAGUGAGGACAUUGACGAGGAGGACGAUGCCGAGAUGAUUGACGAGGAGGGUGUGGCGGUGGACGCCAUCAAGAAGAAGCGCAAGAAGGGCGACGCGGACGGCGGCGAGGAGGGCGAGGCGGCGGCGGCGCCUCCUCCCAAGAAGAAGCCGGCCAAGGAGAAACCUGCAACUUCGCCGUCUGGUGCCGACGCGGCUCCGGGCAGCGGUGGCAAGGGCAAGAAGGGCAAGAAGGCGGCAGCUACGGAGGAGGGCGAGGGCGGCGCCAAGCCUAAGAAGGAGCGCAAGAAGAAGGACCCCAACGCGCCCAAGAAGAACCUGUCCGCCUUCAUGUACUUCAGCAACUCCAACCGCGACAAGGUCAAGGCCGAGAACCCGGGCAUUGCGUUUGGCGAGGUGGGCAAGCUGCUGGGAGAGCGCUGGAAGGCGAUGAGCGCCGAGGAGAAGGCUCCCUACGACGAGAUGGCCGCCAAGGACAAGGUGCGGUACGCUGACGCCAUGAAGGCCUACAAGGCGUCCGGGGCGGCGGGCGGCGGCGAGGCGGCGGCGGCGGCCGACGACGGAGACGACGACGCCGGGGAUGCGGCCGACGACGAGUAGACCGGGGCAGUGGCGUACCGGUCGUAUGGCGGCAGUAGGCUCCCGGUGGGACCAGUGGCCCCGCAAGGGAGGGGUAGUGAGGUGCAAAGCCCAGUCAUGGCUCUUGUGCAGGCGUAUGUGGUGUGGGGCGCGCGUGGCGUGUCAGCGGGUGCAAGUGCUUGCAAGCAGGUGCAGGAGUAGGAGAGCGGCUGGCUGCGAGGCGGAGGGUUGUAAAUUUGUGAUCCUGGUGGGUUUGGUGGUUUUGGUGGGUUUGGCUGGGACAUGAGGUGGGGAGCUGUUUAGAUUGCCAUGGGGAGCCAAGGGAGGACGUCACGACAACGCACUCAACAGGGUGGAAAGCGCCACUGCGCACCCAGGCAAAAGCAAGGCACGGGCCGCAGGAUGACCAUGAUCAGGCAUGCUUUCAGACAUGAUGUGUAAGCGGUGCCGCAA